CUGCUGCAACCACGAGUGGGCCAGCUGCAACCACGAGUGAGCCUACUGCGACCACGACUGGGCCUACUGCAACCACGACUGGGCCUACUGCAACCACGAGUAGGCCUGCUGCAACCACGAGUGGGCCUGCUGCAACCACGAGUGGGCCUGCUGCAACCACGAGUGGGCCUGCUGCAACCACGAGUGGCCCAGCUGCAACCACGAGUGGGCCUGCUGCAACCACGAGUGAGCCUACUGCAACCACGAGUGAGCCUUCUGCAACCCCAAUGCCAGAGAUCGACCCAUGUUUAUCAUCUCCGUGCGGAAAUGGAGGCGAUUGCUCGUCAAGUAAUGCUGUUUAUUUAUGUACAUGUCCAGACACUCACGAGGGAACCAAUUGUGAAACAGCCAAGACUGGCUGCAGUAGUAAUACCGGAUGCCCCACAAGAGAGAGCUGCAAUUCCGACACUAACAUGUGUGAAUGUAGCGGGAAUUCGGUGAGGAAUGCUAACGGUGUCUGCAGAGUACCCCGCCGUACUUUAUCGUUGAGCAUUGUGAUUGUGGAAUUCCAAAGCACCACAGAUUUUCAAGCCAUCGUCAACAAUCCUACCUCAGUAGCAUCUAUGGACGUUAGACAGCGCCUUACUAUCAUCAUAUUUGCUAUAUACCGAACCCGAUAUGGACCCAUCUUCAUCGGCGUAGUCAUCAGAGGCUUCUCUUUAGGGAGUCUCGAAGUCGACGCCGAUCUCAUGUUCGAUGAACCCGAAAGCCCCACGACCAUACAACCCCCUACCGCAGUCGAAGCAGCCCAAGAGUUUACGGAGAGUCUCGGGAAUGGAAACUCUACUGGAGAAUUUGUCUUGGUCCCAUCAAGGACAACCGUUACUGAUAUUGACGAGUGCUCCAGUAGCACAUUGAACGACUGUAGCUCGUAUGCAGAGUGCACUAACACCGAGGGUAGUUUUACAUGUGCAUGCCAAGAAGGGUUCAUUGACACCACUCCUGCACCAGAUAGCGGAAGACAAUGUGAAGAUAUGAACGAAUGUAGUGAUGCAAGUAUAUGUGCCCAAUCUGCUACUUGUUCGAACUCUUUCGGCAGCUAUUCAUGUUCAUGUCUCGCGGGCUUCACCGGCGAUGGAAGAACAUGCACUUCAGUUGGGUCAGCAGGCCUCAGCGACGGAGUCCUAGCCGGCAUUAUCAUCGGGAGUGUGGUAAUCAUCUUCCUCAUAUUCUUCCUCUUCGUGGCAUUGUUCAUCAGAAUGCGUCAGAUGAUGUCUCAUGACAGAAGAUUAGGGAGGUCAAUCAGUCGACUUGCGCCACUGGACAGAGAGAGAGAAGCCAUGCCGUUUGGAAACGGCAACGGCUAUUACGGAGACGGUUAUCCGAUGGCCGACUACCCGUCCAACAUGGAACUCGGCCACAUGCGUAAGCCUGGCUACUCCAAUGGUGUAUACACCACAGAGACAACUUAUAAUGAAGGGUUUGUUCGACCUUAUAUGGCACCAUCAGGGAAGAUUGAAUCGGUACCGGUACACGACCAAUACUACUGAUGUCGUCAAUAGCUCUGACACAACAUUAAAUACAUGGACAGAAAUCAAAGUUGCUGAAUAGGACUCGUCCAAAAAAUACAAAAUAAAGAAUUCUGUCAUUGCCUGUUUUUAUAGACUGAAUUUGAAAUCAAAUUCAUAGAGAUGAUUUCGUGAUAAAAUGUUCUUGAACAUGCAUCAAGUAAAGCGCUUCUAUCAAGAGGAAAAGACGCUAUAUAAAUUAUAUACUACUGUUACUGAAUUAUGCGUAAGGAAAUUGGGUGCUGUAUUUUACAUGUACUUAUUAUUAGUAUAUUUGGAAUAUAGAAUAAUAUCUAUGCUACAAAAAAAUUGUAUCUCUCAUAUCAUUUAUUUGAGCAAUAGUUUCCUUGUACAUAGCUCCCACCUAUCAUUGUUUGUUGAGAGCCAAAGGGUGUUAACACCUACACUCUCAACUAUCAUAUAUCAUGUAUCAAAACUCCUACAUUUUUACACAGCGUCCUCUUGAACAGAUGAAAUGGUUUUAUCACAUAUUAUGUGUGAAUGUACAGUAUAUAUUAUGUGGAGCAAAAUUGUCCAGAAUUGUAUAUAUUUACUCAACACAUCAAGUAUUACAAAGUCAUUGUACUGGACUGUUUCCGGCACUAACGUCCUGUGGCAAAACAUUAAUUUGCCACUGUCCACCCAAUUGUUCAAUGGUUCAGAUUGGCAUUGUGUGCUUGUGGAGCAUAUGAACCAUCAUGUUCGAAUUAUCAAUUGAAUUUAUGACUGGUGUUAUAAGAAUUACAAUGUAGCGUGCUCCGAUAGCAAAAUAGUAUUAAGCGCUUUACAAAUGUGUGACUAUCAUUUAUCAUUUGAUGUAUAUAUUAUAUACGUAUAUUACUGGAAGUGGGUGCUAUAAUUGUAAUCUGUACAUAUUGUCAUAAAAGGUAAUGGUCGAUCUAUAUUUUUUUUGUUUAUGUAUUGAUUGAUUGCUUUUUUUAUAUGUGUAUAUAUAUAUAUAUUUCUUUGUUUAUUUAUUUUUUUUAUUUUUUAUUUUUUAUUUUUGUUGGGGUGGAGGGGUAUGUCAUGGUAGAGAUGGGUGUUGGAAGAUAUAUUUUGGGUGAAUAUGCUUUAUUAGAAGUGGGAGCUAUAGUCAGUAGACAGGAACUGAAUUACACUGAAACAUUGUUAUAUCAGGGUUAAAAACGAGUAGAAUAUAAAAAAGCGGACACCAGCAAAAUGACAAUGAUGUCAUGACAAUUUGUUAAAAACAGUGUUAUUAAUUAACAAGGUUGCACUGUAUCCUCACAAUAACUUGAAGUGAAAAAAUUGAUCUGGUAAGGAUAUAUGAACAAAAGAACUGGUUGCUAUUUAUGGUGUAGGGAUUUAUAUUAUGUGGAUGAAGUUUCCAAGAAGUACAUGCCAUGACCUUUGAUGUACUAUCCUCACAAUCUUAUCAGAUGCAAUUGGAAUAUAUGAGUAUACCAUGGGCGUCAAUCCUCACGUAAUACCUUUUGUUCAGGGGGGGGGGGUGAAUGAAUAGAUCAUCCCCCCUGAACAAUGGGUAUCAAUUGCAGAUUUACGCCCAUGUAUAUUACCAUAAGUGAGUGCGAUAUGUUUGUAUUUUAUAUUAUACAUGUAUAAGUUUUAAAUAUCUAUUUGGGGGUUUAGGUAAUAGAACAGGGUACCGUUUACUUUCUGAUGAAGGGGCUUAUAACAUUUAUAUACACAUUGAAACAGAUAAGGCACCCAUACUAGUUAGAAGUUGUUAUUUUACUUUUCAAUAUUCGAUGAAUGUCUAGAUGUAAUUUACUAGUUUAUGUGUAAAUUUAAAAGAUUGGUUUCCACUUUCUUAGGAUAAAACUUAUUCAAAGGCUAAAUUACUAAUACUUGGUCAAGUAUUUCGAGGAAUAAAGUUAUGAUAUGAAAAUA